CUGCUUGCCACUGCAAGAGUUUCAGCCAACACAGAACACUAGCUCCUCCUCAGAGCCCUCCCUUCCCUCCAGAAGGGACUCAAGGGUUAGAGAGAGAAAUAGAAGUGCCACAGCCAAACACAAACAACAAGCCGUUCGUUCAGUUUAGUAGUUUGUGUUGGGAAGCUCUUGUAACCAUCUCGACCAUUUCCCUUUGUAUCACAAUUAUGGCUGGCCUAUCCCUGCAGCACCCUUGGGCAUUUGCCUUUGGCCUCCUAGGCAACGUCAUCUCCUUCAUGACCUACAUGGCCCCAAUACCGACGUUCUACCGCAUCUACAAGAGCAAGUCCACGGAGGGCUUCCAGUCGGUGCCCUACGUGGUGGCGCUGUUCAGCGCGACGCUGUGGAUCUACUACGCGCUGAUCAAGACCAACGAGGGCCUCCUCAUCACCAUCAACGCCGCCGGCUGCGUCAUCGAGACCGUCUACAUUGUCAUGUACCUCGCCUACGCCCCCAAGAAGGCCAAGUUGUUCACGGUCAAGAUCCUGCUCCUCCUCAACGUUGGCGUGUUCGGGCUCAUCCUCCUCCUCACCCUCCUUCUCUCUGAGGGCGAGAGGCGCGUCGUCUCGCUCGGCUGGGUCUGCGUCGGCUUCUCCGUCAGCGUCUUCGUCGCGCCACUCAGCAUCAUCAGGCGCGUGGUCCAGACGAGGAGCGUGGAGUACAUGCCCUUCUCCCUCUCCCUCUCGCUCACGCUCAGCGCCGUCGUCUGGUUCCUCUACGGCCUCCUCAUCAAGGACAAAUACGUUGCGCUCCCAAACAUUCUUGGGUUCGCGUUCGGCGUGGGACAGAUGGGGCUGUACGUGUUCUACAUGAACAAGACGCCGGUGGUCGCCGAGGGUAAAGAUGCCGGCAAGCUACCCUCGGCGGCGGAGGAGCACAUCGUCGUCAACAUCACCAAGCUCAGCCCCGCCCUCCCCGAAAAGAGCUCCGAGGUGCCCCCGGUCACCGAGAUGGGCGUCCCCAGGAGAUGCGGGGCCGAGGCGAUGCUGGCGGAGAACAGGGAACUGGCCGACGUCAAAGUGAGCCACGGCCCCGCCGUGGAGUUGGUCUAGGCGUGUGGGUGCACGGCCAGGAACGUGUGCAUGCAUGCAUAGCGCUUUAAUAUUCGCACGACGACAUGCAGCUGGUCAUGAGCGAAGGAGGCGAUUAAUUAAGUAUUAAUCCGUUAAUCGAUCUCUCACUGCUAUUAACUAGUACUAUUCCGUUUCAUGAAUAUGGCUCUCUCGUAUUGUCUUAAACUUAAAUGGUUUAGGUUGUGUGAUGACGUGUACGAACGUACAAGAGAAAUAAAGGUCACAUGGCUCGGCUCGCGCAUCUGCUGCGUCAUCC